GUGCGGUAUGCACUUCUUAAACUCUGGCUUUGAUUAAAAGCCAGCACAGAGAGCUAAUAAAUGAGACAAAGCUUGAGACAUUUCGCAAAUAGACUUCGCAAUGGAAGAGUCGAUGGUAAAAUAUUCGAAUAUGCUUGCGUUCUUACUAAUAUUUACAUCAACUAUAACUGCACAAAGGAUAAAAUUGAAUGCCGGUGAUGUUUGUGGUCCCUGUCAGGCGGAAGACUGCAGUUGCCAACUAUGGUCCAAAUGUGAGGUCUUACAAGACUUGCCAGAGGCAAAUAUAACAUUUUGUAAUCGAGUAAAAGGUAUUGUAUGCUGUCCUGAAGAGCCACCGGAGCGUGAAAACCGUCAGCUAACACCACCAGCUGAAGUUGCCUGUCACGAAUUCACAAAGGAUGCGCCAGCAGAAUGUUCACAGCACUUUAUAGCCGGUGGCGAAUUGGCUAAAAUUGAUGAAUUUCCAUCCGCAGCUUUGAUAGGUAAUGUUUGUGGUCCCUGUCAGGCGGAAGACUGCAGUUGCCAACUAUGGUCCAAAUGUGAGGUCUUACAAGACUUGCCAGAGGCAAAUAUAACAUUUUGUAAUCGAGUAAAAGGUAUUGUAUGCUGUCCUCAAGAGCCACCGCCGCCUGAAAACUGCCAGCUAACAUCACCAGCUGAAGUUGCCUGUCACGAAUUCACAAAGCGUGCGCCAGCAGAAUGUCCACAGCACUUUAUAGCCGGUGGCGAAUUGGCUAAAAUUGGUGAAUUUCCAUCCGCAGCUUUGAUAGGUAUUUUUAAUUCAACGUCUAAUGUAACUGAUUGGAUAUGUGGCGGAACGCUUAUCAGUGAACGCUUCGUUCUGACCGCAGCUCAUUGCACUCUCAAUGGAGUACCGAAUAAAGUGCGACUUGGCGAUUUGGAUUAUAAUUCAACCCUUGAUGAUGUUGGACUCCAAGAGUUUUCCGUACUCAGUUUCAAAAUCCAUGACCAUUUUACAUUACUCCGCUACUUCGAUAUUAUGUUAUUGGAAUUGAAUGGCACCGUUACUUUCUCCAAAUAUGUUCUACCUGCCUGCCUACUCACUCCAUGUAAAAUGAAAUUCCAAACAGGACACUAUUGGGCCGUUGGUUGGGGCCGUAUUAAUGAUACCGAAGUUUUUUCAAGACAGCUGCGACGAGUUGAAUUGAAGCAUCAAACGGUCUGUAAUAAGAAUGCAAGUAUAAUUUAUGAUUUGGAACGGGGUCUGCUCGAGCGUAUACAAUUUUGCGCUGAUGGCAAAACCUACGAUACUUGCAAUGGCGACUCGGGUGGCCCAUUACUCAUACCAUUUCCCCAUAGCCAGGUGGAGUAUCGGUGUAUGUACAUGGUAGCCGGCAUAGUAUCAAAGGGCCAAGCGCAUUGUGGCGCUGAAGAUUUGCCUAGUGUGAAUACGAACGUUACAGCAUUUGUGAGAUUUAUUGAAAGUUUCGUUUGGCCUCAAAAAAUUAUUACAACAAUAAAUUGAACAAAUGCUAAUACAAUAAAAAGCAUAAAAGAAUAUAUAAGCUCGUGUGAGACAAUUGAA